AUGCCUCGCGCACUUCCACGAACAGAUGGCAAACACGUGUACCAUGCCCGGAAGCAAACGAGCGCCUUUCCCAUCAAGGUGCUUUACAAGUGCCUACCUUUCACCGCUGCAAUGUUCUCUUCUCACGUUUUCCACCCAGGUUCACAAGACAAGAUGCAGCAGCAAGCCGUCGCCGAAGAGGCAAGAGUACAAGAAAUCAGGUACGAAAUUUUACUACAAGUAACCACCGUCAAGGGCGAGCCAUACUUCAUCAAACACGUUGAAGAAGCUAGAGCUCUCAAAGAAGGUUCCAUCACGAUCGUAUUGAGUCCAGGACGAACAGAUUUACCAGCAUCACCCGUUCCGUGCACAGUGUACCUCCGCUGGGGCAGGUGGGCGGCCGAGUUCGACUGCAGAUACGAUAUUGAAAAGGACGCGGUUCACAGAGGGUUAUUUGCUUUCAAAUCGACGAACCACCCGAUACACCGAGAGAUCCACCUCCUUUACCCAUCCAACGCUCCCGUGCUCGAAGAAGACACGAGCCUGGACGACAACGGACGUCCGUUCCUCAGAUUGACACUUCGCCAGGGAACGAGCGAUGGGAAGCCGCGGUUGCCGGAGGAGCUUAUGACCGUUGAGGUGUAUGCGAAGAGGAUUCCGGCGGGGCAGCGUAGAGAGAUGAGCGAGAGGGAGCUGGACGGCUUUGGCUGGGAGAUAGAAGAAGGUACCAGUGAUCCCUGGGAAUUGGAUUUAUAG